AUGUCUAAACCAAGUGGCUCCACUGAGAUCCCUGUCGACGACGACGAUAAACAAGACUACGACGAGACCUCCCCACUUUUGGGUCAGCCUCAUCAAAACAACACACCUUCAACAUCAAAGAUGCCGUUGCCAUCACAAGAUAGUGACCCUUUGAAAGGCGCCAGCUCAAAUCCCCAGGCACAGCCAGACACCUCCGACCAAGCACCAACAAAUCCCAACAAUGCGCUAUCAGCAUCGCAACCCCCUGAAGAGCAAAAUAGGGGCCUCACCAAGAAUCCCCCCGCCAAGAAAUCAACCCCAACCGUCUUAAAAUCCGACACCGACCUUUCCUGGGGCCAACCCGCCGGCCUCCCCAUCCGUCGUACAAACGAUGAGAACCUCGUCAUCUUCCGUCGUGCCGUCGGCAUCAACUCCACCCUCCCAGGCUCAACCGACUGCCGCUCCCUGGAAGAGGGCCGCAAGUCCGCCAUGGGCAUGUACGCAGCCGCCAUGCGCGCCCAGCGCAACAAGAAGAUGAUCUCCAGACUUGUGAAUCUUAUAGUAUACGCCUCGCAUUUCUUCCAGAUCAUCGUUGGCGCGUCGUUGACUGCGCUUGGGCCGUCGGCGGGUGAGCACACGAUACUGAUUACGGUUUUGGGGGCGGUGAACACCGUGAUCGCGGGUGUGUUGGCGCUGUUGAAGGGGCAGGGAUUGCCGGAGAGGUUGAGGCAUCAAGUGGCGGAGUUUCGAAAGCUGCAGGACUGGAUCGAGCAGACGGAGGCGUUGUUGUCGGUGGGGGUGAUUGGGAGGGACAGGAAGGAGGUCGGAUUGUUGGUGCAGGUUGCUUUCAAAAAGUAUAAUGCCGCGAAGGAGUGCGAGGAGGCGACGUCGCAGCCGGAGAAUAACAGCAACGGGUAUGGCAAUGGGUACGAUAACGAUCAUGACCAUUCAGAAGGCUCGGAGCCACGGAGGAGGCAGAGGUUGUCGGAUAUUCCGCCAGUGCAAUGA